AAGAGCUUCUACUUCCUGUGGUUAUUUCAUAAGCUCGGACGCAGAGGAGAAGGAUGUUGUCGCUCUCUCGAGCUGUGGUGAGCGGGGUGGUCCGAUCCCCAGCUGCUGUCAGUCAAGCUGGAGUGACUGCCAUCACCCGGUUCAACAGCACAGCCCAGACUGCUCCAAAGAAAACAACAUUUGGCCCGCUGGCAGAUGAGGACCGAAUUUUCACAAACCUGUAUGGCCGUCACGACUGGAGGCUGAACGGGGCUUUGAAGCGCGGAGACUGGUACAAAACUAAGGAGAUUCUUCUCAACGGAGUCGACUGGAUCCUCAAUGAGAUCAAGGUCUCCGGCCUGCGUGGGAGAGGUGGAGCCGGUUUCCCUACAGGCAUGAAAUGGAGCUUCAUGAACAAACCCAGCGAUGGCAGGCCCAAGUAUCUGGUGGUGAACGCGGAUGAGGGUGAGCCUGGCACCUGUAAGGACAGAGAGAUCAUGAGGCACGACCCACACAAGCUGGUGGAGGGCUGUCUGAUCGCUGGAAAGGCAAUGGGAGCUCGUGCUGCUUAUAUUUAUAUUAGAGGAGAGUUUUACAACGAGUCAUCCAACCUGCAGGUGGCUAUCAAUGAGGCCUAUGCCGCUGGGCUGAUUGGUAAGAAUUCCUGCGGCUCUGGUUAUGACUUCGAUGUGUUUGUGAUGCGUGGAGCUGGAGCGUAUAUCUGCGGAGAGGAGACCGCUCUUAUUGAGUCCCUGGAGGGAAAGCAAGGGAAGCCCCGCCUGAAGCCCCCAUUUCCUGCUGACGUGGGGGCGUUUGGUUGCCCUACAACUGUUGCCAAUGUGGAGACGGUAUCCGUGGCGCCCACCAUCUGUCGCCGUGGAGGCUCUUGGUUUCUAGGCUUCGGCAGAGAGAGAAACUCUGGCACCAAGCUCUUCAACAUCUCAGGCCAUGUGAACACCCCCUGCACUGUGGAGGAGGAGAUGUCUAUCCCUCUGAAAGAACUCAUCGAGAGGCAUGCAGGUGGAGUGCGUGGUGGGUGGGACAACCUUCUGGCUGUUAUCCCCGGGGGCUCCUCAACUCCCCUCAUCCCCAAAAGCGUGUGUGAAGACGUGCUGAUGGACUUCGACGGCCUCGUUCAAGCUCAGACUGGGCUCGGCACAGCUGCCUUAAUCGUCAUGGACAAAUCGACUGACAUUAUCCGAGCCAUUGCCCGCCUGAUUGAGUUCUACAAACAUGAGAGCUGCGGCCAGUGCACGCCAUGCAGAGAAGGAGUGGACUGGAUGAACGAUAUGAUGUGGCGUUUUGUACGUGGAGAUGCACGGCAAGCUGAGAUCGACAUGAUUUGGGAGAUCAGCAAGCAGAUUGAGGGUCACACCAUCUGUGCCCUGGGAGAUGGUGCGGCAUGGCCAGUGCAGGGAUUGAUCAGACACUUCAGGCCUGUGAUGGAAAACCGUAUUGCUGAAUACCAGCAGCAGGCCAGGGCUUGAAUGGCUCCUUUGUACUUCCUUGAAUUUCUUCUUCUGCCUCAUAUGCCCUCUAUCCCACGUGUGUCAGUGACAAAUUAUUUAAGAGGAUAAUGUGACGUCUUUUCACCAUCAAGAUUCGCAUCUAUGUCUGCCUUGUAUGUUAAGAUUACCAAUAAAGUUCUAUGAACCUUUAA